CGUGUCCCGCCCACCGCCUCCCGUGCUCCCGCAGGGCCGCCGCGGCCCCGCACUCACUCCCCCACACGCCACCACUUCCUCCGUCCCCAGCCGCACGAGCUCUCCGCGGCAUCUCGGCCCUCCGUUCCACGUCGGAGGGCCGAACCGACGGCGAGAUCCCGCCCCGCGUCGCCGCCAAGGCCAAGCGAGCCCCGUAGCCUCUCCUCCGCCUAACAACGCCUCGACGCGGGGUGCCAGCUGCCACGAAUCCGACGACCCAGUCCAUGUCCAGCCCAGCGAUGGCAAUGGCCGUGAUCCGCCUCGCGCGCCCCGCCGCCAUCCGCCCGCCGUCGGCCCCGUCGCUACGGCCGACCGCGCGGCUGCUGCGCCGCCUCCGCGUCGUGAGGUGCCGCGCCGGCGGCGGCGGCAACGGGGAGGGAGGGAAGGGGAAGGAGGAGGGGGAGGCCGCGGAGGCGCCCGAGUCGCUCUUCGCCAGGGAGCUCCGGCGGCGCGGGAUGGCGCCGGGGGCCGCCGCCGCGGGCGCUAAUAAGGAGGCGGAGGAGGGGGCGCCGCCGGAGGCCGGGGCCAAGCGCCGGGUGGCGGCCGCCGAGUUCGAGCGCGCCGCCGCCGCCGACGGCCAGCGCCAGCGGUCCAUGGCGCUCAACAGCGAGGGCCUCGAGGGUCUUGUUCCUCGGGCAAAGUUACUACUAUCACUUGGCGGUACCUUCUUUCUGGCAUUUGGGCCCCUGAUUCUUGUGACCGUUUCUCUUUUUGCUGGUUUAUAUGUGUACUUUGGACCGAGUUUUGUACAUGAUGCAAGCAAGACACCGGUGUCGGUGCCACCAUACAUUGAUCCAUACGAGCUGCUUGAGGACGAGAGGCUCAGCCGACCCUCCCCAGAUGUGUUCUGAACCUGAAUAGUGCAAGAACCAGUGCAGAAAUGUUUACAAGAAAUAGUCAUACAUAGCCCAACAUUCUCUUUUUUUACUAGACGUGUAGUUGUAAAUGCAACUAUAGCUGUAGACUGAUAUAAUCAAAAAAAGCUUCAAUACGCAGUGUUCCAUCCAUUGAUUUCACAUCAA